AAUUGUUUAUAAUGCAAUAUAUGAUGAUAAAUGCUCCAAGAGGAAGCAAAAGAGUAAACAAGAAAAGGAUGAGAAAAGAAGAAGAAGAAUAAGAAAAAGUAUAUUUUUGAGUUGGUCAUUGGGAGGAGAACGAGCAGGGGGAGGAUGAGAGUGAGCAAGGGAGGCUCUACAUAAAAGACCUAUUCUUGGUCAUCCAGAUCAUAAUCAUCAUAUUCUUGGUUCAUUUUGACAACUGAACGUUACUUACAACUUGUGACGUUGUUAGUCUUGGUUAUCCAACUCUUAGCUCAGUCACAAUCCUACCGAAGGUGUUUUACCAUCAAUUUGAGUAAUCAUCUCAUCAUCUUUAAUUUAUUUUCAAUCAGUUUUAGUUCACUGGAAACUCAGUACAUAAUGAACACUGGAAAUUUUUUCAACUUAGGAGCUUCAGCACCAACACCACCAGAAUCGCCCCAAAAUUUUGUCGAUUCGCCACUGGACUUAACAGCAACAUCAUCCAACUCCAUCUCAUUCCCUUCGACAUCAAGCACGGUUCCAUCAAUUCCUUCGACUUCGUCUUUUGUCCCAUCAUUCCCUUCGACAUCAACCUUUGUUCCAUCAAUUCCAUCAACUUCGAAUUUCGUUCCAUCAUUUCCUUCGACAUCGACUUUUGUUCCAUCUUUUCCCGAAGUUUCUCCUUCAACAUCAACAACAACAGCGUCACGAAAAAAAAGAUCUGUUCCAUGUAAAAGAAAAGUCGUCAAUUAUCGAUCUGAUUUGGCUGCAACGCAUUCGAGCGAUAGCUUAUCACCUUCGCCACCAAGCCUAACGGAAUCUUUACCAUCAGUUUCUCCUUCACCAACACCUAAGAAAAACAGACAAUCGGAUACAAUCGACAAAACGUCUGAUGAAUAUAGAAUGAAACGGGAUAAAAAUAAUAUCGCUGCAAAAAAAUCUAGAGAUGCUAGACGAGCACGUGAAGAACAAACAGCUUGGAAGGCCGAGCAUUUGGAACUAUACGCAAUCAGGCUACAGGCCGAGAACGAAAUGCUUAAAAAUGAACUUAAGCGGCUGCAAGAGUCUAACACGCAAUAAAACUUGAAACUAACACGAGCUGCAAAAUAAGACAAGAAAUGGACACAAUCGUGAAAAUUGUUGACCAAAUAUACCCUUGUGCAAUGUCCAAGGUUAACCCUUCUCUCUCUCUUCCUUUACUCUUUUUUGCACUCAUAAUCUUCAUCUUCCAUCACUGACCAUAACCACUUUUAGACAUCAUCAUCUUUCUGACCCAAAGACUUCAAAAGAACGGUUAAAUUCAACUAAAAGAAAAUGAAAAAACUCUUUAUUCCUCUUUAAACCCUUUUAUUAAUUCUCCCGUCACAAAGAUUGAAUGUUUCUGGUCCACUCCAAAGCUAGAUUUCAUUAAAACUGAUACAAACAAUUUGAAAUUAUUUGUAAAAAGACUAUUUUUUAACAGUUUCUACAGAAACAAGAAGCAAUCAGAUUUUCACGAUCUUGUCCAUCAGCAGCCACAACUUCACUGUCGUUUAUCAAAAGUGUGCGAUCAAUUCAAUCCUCAUUUAAACACCCAAAUUCUGAAUCAGAAAUUUUGUCUGAUGGGCAAUCUUUGAUGAAGUUGACUUCGAAAUCGGUCAUUUGUUCAUGAAUUAAUGAAUUGAUAUUUUGACUUUAUAUAUUGUAUGGAUGUUUGGAUUGCAUUAG